GCCCUCAUCAGAUUUCUGCUGCCCACGUUUCUAAGUGGUUUUUAGCACUCCCCGUCGGGCACCAUCUCCCGUUCUUUACCUUGAAAUCUGGAUUUUCUGGUGUCUUUUCCGGUUAGAGCAGAAUUCUUUAGAAUUCAACUUUGAUGGAUUCCAGCUCGCCUUUCCGGUGAGCCUUGCUUUGGGGCUUUGGUAUCUUUCGUUGGAGAAUGCAUUUGAUCCGUUUGAGUUGGUGAAGCUUAUUUCGGUGGGUUUCCUGGGAGCUGGCUGAGUUCCUCUUUCGAAAUAUUUAAUUUAGUGGAGAAUCUAUGAAAUUGUGAUUCAUCAAAUUAUUGAUGCAAAAUGGCUUUUGGGAAGAACCCUCGAGGGGAGAGGAAAUCGUCCUCACCUUAUGGCUCGACAGUGGUAUUGGUUGUUUUUGUGGCACUAUGCUUGAUUGGGGUCUGGAUGAUGACGUCCUCCUCCAUAACUCCCAUUCAGACCAUACAUGUGCCAUCGGAAACGAAGAUAGACAUGAAAGAUCAAAUUUCAGAUUCAUCGAGGACAUUUGAAGAUGCCUCUGGGGGUCUAUCUUCAGAAGCAACUCAGACAAACAAUGAGACACCAUCCCAGGUGGAAGAGGCACCAGACAAUGUUGAAAGACUAGAAGAAAGACCAAAUCAAGAGGUCCACGAAGAAAACAAUUUGAUAAAUAAUGGUGAUUCUACUGAAGACACAAAAAGUGAAAGUACAGAAACAGAUUCAGGUGGGCAAAUAGAUGCCCAAGAUAAGAAUCCACAACAAGAAUUUGUGACUAGUGAGCAGCAGCCAUCUCAGACUGAAGAGCAACCAGGGGGUAAUCCUGAUGAACCAGCUUCAGAGGGUGUCAACUCAGGCCGCAUAAGAAAUGAGGUGAACCAGAAAGGUCAAGGGAGAAAGCAAGAUCAGACUGAUGAAUAUGAUAGUUCCAAGUACCUUCCUGGAACAGAAAGUGGUGGUGAAGCAACGAAAAGUAAUCCCGAUAGAACUGAAAAGAAUGAAAAACGAGCAUCUCAAUCUGAGGAGAACAGGGAACAGGACCCAAGUGAGUCUUAUCCAGAUCCUGCACAAUCAGAAAUCUUAAACGAGACCAACAUACAGACUGGCACAUGGAAGACACAAGCGACAGAGUCAGAGAAAGAGAAGGAUGUUCAAGAACUAUCAAGGGAUCAAGCUGUCGACAAGGGAGCGAAUGUUAAAGGGGAAACUCCUAUGUAUACUUGGAAACUUUGUAACGUGACAACCGGUGCUGAUUAUAUUCCCUGUCUUGACAAUGAAGAAGCCAUUAAGCAUCUGCGAACAACAAAACACUAUGAACAUAGAGAAAGACACUGUCCUGAUCCAGCCCCCACUUGUGUUGUACCUCUUCCUAAAGGGUAUAAAAGAUCAAUUGAAUGGCCCAAAAGCAGAGAUAAGAUAUGGUACCAUAAUGUGCCUCACACGUUACUUGCGGAAGUUAAAGGCCACCAAAACUGGGUCAAGGUCAGUGGGGAGCAUCUCAUAUUUCCUGGUGGUGGGACUCAAUUCAAGAAUGGAGCUCAGCAUUAUAUUGACUUUAUACAGGAGAUGGUGCCUAACAUUGCUUGGGGAAAAAGGACUCGAGUGAUUUUGGAUGUUGGAUGUGGUGUUGCCAGUUUUGGGGGUUAUCUUUUCGACAACAAUGUGAUUACAAUGUCAUUUGCUCCUAAGGACGAGCAUGAAGCUCAAGUUCAGUUUGCUCUUGAACGGGGAAUUCCAGCAAUAUCUGCUGUUAUGGGCACUCAGAGGUUGCCCUUUCCAAGCAAGGUGUUUGAUAUUGUCCACUGUGCACGUUGCAGGGUUCCAUGGCACAUUGAAGGUGGUAAACUUCUGUUGGAGCUGAAUCGGGUGUUACGUCCGGGUGGUUAUUUUGUUUGGUCAGCUACCCCAGUUUAUCAACAUGACAAGGAUCAAGAAGAUGCUGAAAUAUGGAGAGAAAUGAAAAUUCUUACAAAGGCUAUGUGCUGGGAUGUUAAGAGUAUCAAGAACGACAGGUUGAACGAAGUUGGUGCUGCAAUUUAUCAGAAGCCCACUUCUAAUGAAUGCUACGAGAGCAGGAAGGAGAGUAAACCUCCAAUGUGUCAAGAAACAGAUGAUCCGAAUGCGUCAUGGUAUGUGCCACUGCAAGCAUGUAUGCAUAAGGUGCCUGUGGAUUCAACAGAGCGAGGAUCACAAUGGCCUGAGCAAUGGCCCCUUAGGCUGGAGAAACCACCUUAUUGGUUGUCUACUUCUCAGACUGGAGUUUAUGGCAGGCCUGCUCCUGAGGACUUCAAAGCAGACUAUGAACAUUGGAAACAUGUUGUGAACAAGUCAUACUUGAAAGGUCUGGGAAUCAACUGGUCCACUGUCAGGAAUGUCAUGGACAUGAGAGCUGUGUAUGGAGGUUUUGCUGCCGCCUUAAAAGAUCUAAAUGUAUGGGUUCUGAAUGUUGUGCCAAUCGACUCAGCAGACACUCUUCCCAUAAUUUAUGAACGUGGACUUUUCGGAAUAUAUCAUGAUUGGUGUGAAUCCUUCAGUACGUACCCAAGAAGCUAUGACCUUCUCCAUGCAGAUCACCUUUUCUCGAAUCUCAAAAAGAGGUGCAACAUAAUUGCUGUUGUUGCCGAAACUGAUCGGAUACUGAGACCAGAGGGCAAGAUUAUUGUCCGCGAUGAUAUGGAAACCAUCAAUGAGAUCCAGAACUUGGUUAAGUCAUUGCAUUGGGAGGUUCGACUAACUUACUCAAAGGAUAAGGAGGGCCUUCUGUGUGCACAGAAGAUGAUGUGGAGGCCAGGAGGGUCGUCUUCUAUGUAGUUAGUAGUUUGGACCAUGAAAGGGGCUAGGUGUUCUCCUUUUUUGUCAUUCUUUCAUUCUUCUCAACUUUUUUUAUCUUUCUUGCACCCCUAUGAAUGUUGUAAUUUAUGUCUUAACCUGGUUUUGCGUUGUUGCCUUUGAGGAUUAUGAUUUUGUUGGUUAGCUGGGGUUACUAGGUUCUAUAUUGUAGAAAAUGAGAAUUUUCUAUUGCGAUGGAUAUUUGCCGUACAGUACUAGUUUAAUA